CACAGCUGCGGAUGCCUCUAACUAUCUUCCGAAAGUCACCAAUGGAAGUUGAUUCUAUCGCUUUUGCUUAUCGCUUUUGCUUAUCGCCUUUGCUUGUUGCUUUCCUCGCUGCUUUGCCCACAUCCACAAAAUGAAGUCGACUCUCGAGACACAGCUCUCAGUGGUUGCCCAAGGAAACAACCACUUCAAGAGCAAUGGCUAUCUCCAUGUUCCUGGGGCCAACAGGGGCAUCUUUGGUGGCACAUUGAUUGCCAAAUCGUUGCUUUCAGCUGCCAGAACUUUGCCAGUCAACGUCCAAACAGGCACCAGCGAUUUCAAGCAGCACAGCAUCCACAACACGUUUGUGCUUGGUGGCGAUUCAUCCAUAGACUUGCAAUUCAGAGUUGAGAGAAUCCGAGAUGGCAGGAACUUCGUCACCAGAGAGGUCAAAGCGUACCAGAAUGGAGCAGUGAUAUUCAUAAGCAUCAUAUCGUUCAAGAAUGUGGGCAAUCCACAGGGAUCAAUGUCCAGCCUAGGACCACAGCUAAAGUACCAGCCAAUGCUUGACUUGGAUGGAAUCGCAGAGGUGGACGAGUGCAUAUCUGUCCAGGACAUCGAUUUUGAUGCGAGAAUCAGAAAGUCGUUUGAGAGCGAUCCUCUUGAGGUGAGGUUUCCAAGAGAGUAUUUUGACGAUGUUGACAAUGUUGACGAUGUUGAAGAUGGGUCAUUGAAGAACAAAAGGGACAAAAAGCACAGAAACAGCUACAAGAUGAGGGCGCUGCUAUUCAGGCCAUCUUUGGCUGUGUAUUUAAGGAAAAUGUAUUAUUGGAUUAGGGUCAAGCCCAGAAUACAGAACCAUUGUGAGUUCAAUCAAAUUGGAGUGUCGUAUCUAUCAGAUGCGUUUUUUCUAUUGUGUGUGAUGCCACUAUCUGAUAGGAAGCUCUACUCGUCGCUGUUUUCAGUGUCGAUGGACCACAGCAUAUACUUCAACAUGGAUUUGGACCACGAAUCAGACUACCGGUGCGACGAGUGGAUGGUGUUUGUGGUAGAUUCUCCAAAGUCAUCCAAUGGGCUAAGUUUGGUUACAGGUCAGAUAUAUCGCAGUGAUGGGAAGCUAAUUGCGUAUAUUGUUCAAGAGGGAUUGGUGUCGAUAAAAGAUGGUAUCUUGUCUAAAUUGUAGAAUAAAAAGAAAACAAAUGGGUGUAUAGAUGUUUGGUUCGGUGUAUAUAGUUUAUAAUUAUACAGUUUUCAAGUAUUGUGCAAAUCUUGAAAACUCGUGAAUUCCACAUUCACUUUUGCUUUUGCCUUUCCAUCUUCCAUCUCUUUCAUUUUCAUUUUCAUUUUCAUUUUUGAACUAGCAAUAAACCUUUUAG